GCAGGGAGUUGAGAGAUGACGAGGAGCGGUGCUGCUUCUUUCACUGUACAUCACUGAUAACAUAUCCGGCGCCGGUGGGCGGUGCGAAGCCUUGAAGAUGCAGGCAGCCUGCGGAUGCUGACCAAAGGAUGUCAGGCGAGGAACUUACGCAGGGAGUUGGCUUUGUUUACAGGGCGGCCAGUAGGCUGAACACGGAUCACAGGCCUUAAGUGAACACAGCAGUGCUGCUUCUAGCAGUGCGCAUCCAGAUCGAUCACAUUGUUUGUGCCGGUAGAUGCUUUUCUCCCUGACGCUCUUCUUGUGGAGGCUCUACCGACAUUUCUACAUCAUGUUCAGCUCUGACCGGCUCACAGUCCCGGAUUACGUCAGCCGGCUGCAGAGAGGGAGGAGCGGCUCCGCAUGCGACCCCAGGGCCAUCUCUCCGGGGAUCAAUGCCGACGUCCAGGCGGUUUUGGACACGUCACUUCCCGCCCUGCGCUCCGCCAUCAGUAGGCUGAAGUCAUCCAGGGAAACAUCGAAUUCAGAUGAGACCCGUAGAGCUAUCGCGGAGAUCUUCCAGCUGGUGGAGGAGGCCUGGGUUUUACCUACCGUGGGUCGUCAAGUGGCCGAGGAGAUCUGCAACAGGAUCCGGCUGCAUGGAGGCCUGGAGCUGCUGCUUCAGCUCCAGCAGUCGCCUGCUGUGGAGAUAACUUACGAGUCUGCAAAACUGCUGGAGCAGAUACUGAUCUCAGAGAACAGGGAUUACGUGGCUCGCAUAGGUCUGGGGGUCAUCCUCAACCUGACUCGUCAGCAGGAAGAUGCUCAGCUGGCUCGGAGCGUCUCGGGCAUCCUCGAGCACAUGUUCAAACACACCGAGGAGACGUCUAUCCACCUCAUCACCAACGGCGCCCUGGACACCCUCCUCUUCUGGUGCCGAGGUACGGACCCCACUGUUCUGCGUCACUGUGCCGUGGCACUGGCUAACUGUGCGAUGUAUGGAGGCCACUGCUGCCAGCGCUGGAUGAUCGAGAAACGGGCAGCUGAGUGGCUCUUCCCACUGGCCUUUUCCAAAGAGGAUGAACUCAUUCGUUUCUAUGCCUGUUUGGCUGUAACUGUGUUAGCUGCAAACAGAGAAAUUGAGAAAGAGGUGGUGAAAUCAGGGACCUUGGAGCUAGUGGAGCCAUUCAUCGCAUCUCUGGAUCCAGAGGACUUUGCCCGCAGUUUACUGGACAGUGCAGACAGCAUGCAGGGAAGGACCGCAUCUGACCUGCAGCAACUUUUGCCGUUACUGGAUGGCACGAGAGUGGAGGGAAAGUGCAUUGCAGCCUUUUACCUGUGUGUUGAGGCCAGCAUCAAGUCCCGUCAGCGCAACACAAAGAUAUUUCAAGAGAUUGGUGCUGUGCAGAGCCUCAAAAGAAUCGUCAUGUACUCCAGCAAUGCCACAGUCUGUGCCCUCGCUAAGCGGGCGCUGAGCAUGAUGGGAGAGGAAGUACCGAAACGAAUCCUGUCAAGCGUGCCCAACUGGAAAACCUGUGAGGUGCAGACGUGGCUGCAGCAGAUCGGCUUCAGCGCUUGCUGUGAUCGUUUUCAGGAACUCCAGGUGGAUGGAGACCUUCUUCUGAACAUCACAGAUGAAGAUUUGAGCUGUGAUUUGAGCAUGACUACCAACCUUACUCGCAAGAGGUUUUUGAGAGACUUGCGUGUGCUGAAGACUUACGCCAAUUACUCCACAUGUGACCCCAACAACAUGGCCGACUGGUUAAGCGAGGUGGACCCCCGUUUUCGUCAGUACACCUACGGCCUAGUCCAGUCAGGCGUGGACCGUCACAACAUCCAGAGCCUGACCGAUAAGCAGCUCCAGCACGACUGCCACAUUGAGAACGGCGUCCACAGAGCAAAGAUACUGUCUGCCAGCCGCGGGCCCUUAAAACUGAGCCACACCGAUGCACAGCCUUCAGGGCCUGACGUCUUCAUCAGCUACAGACGAACCACGGGCUCACAGCUGGCCAGCCUAUUGAAGGUGCACCUGCAGGUUCGAGGAUACAGCGUCUUCAUAGAUGUGGAGAAGCUGGAGGCUGGUAAAUUUGAGGACAAACUCAUUCAGAGUGUGCAGAGAGCACGUAACUUCAUCCUGGUCCUGUCUGCCAGUGCACUCGACAAGUGUAUGGGAGACACAGCCAUGAAGGACUGGGUGCAUAAGGAGAUCGUCACGGCCCUGGCUGGUAAGAAGAACAUAGUUCCUGUCACAGAUAACUUUGCAUGGCCUGACCCCAUGUCCCUGCCAGAAGACAUGAGAGCCAUUCUCAACUUCAACGGCAUCAAGUGGUCCCACGAAUAUCAGGAGGCUACGAUCGAGAAGAUCCUGCGCUUUCUGAAAGGACCCCAAGACCAAGUCGACCGCUCAGACGGCUCCAAAGAGCAGAAGAAAUAAACUGAGAUAAACACAGUCCGAUUUCAGCUAUAAUAACUAUCCAUGAUGCCAAAAUUCCACAUAACCUACAGUGAAUAGUCUGGCAGCUUUCCCUGCUCUGACCUAAUGCAUGUGAAAUGAAUCCGGAUGUUUAGAUUACUUGCUGACCGGAAUACCUGAUAUGCACACACUUAAUUAUUAACAAUAAAUAGAACUGAUAAGGGGAUUGUAUAUAAAAACUCUAAGCCUUUAAUGUUAGUCAGUGCUGUAUAUGUGUAAUCAGGUACAGUAAGCGCCUUCUGUAUCUCAGGAAAAUAACUGUGAUAGACCAGCUGACAUGGACACCCAGCAACAUUAUCACUGCUAACACAUCAGUGUUCAUCAAAGCUCCUCUAUAUGCAGUCGUCGUUUUUUUUAACCUGUGUACAUCAAAUGGACCAAAGCAGGUCUCUGACUUUACCAACAUUUCUCCCGUUUUCAUGUUUGUGUUGUGAUAGAAGAAAUCUUCCUCGGCAGACUUGAUGAUUUGUUUAGGAUGAGUGACUACUGUGAGUUUAAUCUAAGCCCCAAAUUUAACCAUAAACAAGUGAAAUAUGUGUAGCGGGAAUAACUCCAUGUAGCGUUAAACAUACUGUUCUGUAAUAAAAGUGGGUAAAAAGUACCUCAAUA